AUCCAUGGGGUCGACCAAAGUCUCUUCAAUACCUCGUGGGACCUGUCACUACCCGUGUCGGGCAUCAAGUUUCUGCAUGUGAUCAACGCUCAGCCACAACUGUAUGGGCCGAAGAUUGUCAGUGGGAACUUUUAUCGCUUCUUCGAGACGGCGAUCUCCUACUGGUUGACCAACGCCUACCGAGGCAACCGAACCACGGGAGCCAACUAUACGAAAGACGUCCAUUUUGCCAAAGUUCUAGGGUUGAGUGGCGACAGCAGUGACCUAGGACUUGUGAGAGCUAAACCUGGCAACAACGAUCCCCACGAAGACUACACUCCCGAUAGAAACGUGUACGGGGCCAAACUGGUGUACUUCGUCAUUGAGAUUGACACAACCCUGAUUUUUGGGGACACUGACUACAAGACUGGCCUAGCGGCUUAUGAGGCUUGGGAGAAGUUUACAGCACGUUGGAUGGCAAAGAUGCCAGCUUCUGCUAAAGGUUACCAGGUGGCCAGUCAUGACGCGUGGCAUACAUUUAAAAAGGCGGAGGCCCUGGAGACUUCUGCCAUCAGGGGUAUCAUCCUCGGCUCCAUCCUCUCCUUCUGCGUGCUGACCUUUGCCACCUACAACAUCAUCAUCAGUUGCCUGGCAACGGUCAACAUCCUGUUAGUCAUCGCUACGUUCUCUGGCUGUAUCAAGUUGUUCGGUUACAAAAUUUCGAUGAUCGAGUCCGUCAAUCUCUCCCUGGUGGGCGGUCUCUCGGUCGACUACGUGGUUCACUUCUCCGACAGCUACUCCCACGCCCCUCAUGAUGACAGACAGCGACGUGUCCGGGACAUGCUGGAGCACAUGGGCAUCUCCGUUCUGUCUGGCGCCAUCACCACAUCUGGGGCUGCCAUCUUCCUGCUGCAAGCUAAGAUCUUCUUCUUCUUUCAGUUUGGCGUCUUCAUCAUCUUGACAAUAUUCUUCUCGCUGUUUUACAACCUGUUCUGGUUUGCUCCGAUGAUGGCCGUGAUUGGGCCUGAAGGGAACACAGGUUCUUUAACGAUUGUGGUUCGGUGGAUCCAGAAGGUGCUGCAACCGAUACGAGCAGAACUGGCGUCAGCUGAUCCAGCGCAUAAGAAAAUGUCUUAUUCCAGGAGCUCUACUCAUAUGCUGAGGCAUUAA